ACGGUUUCCCGAAGGAAAGAAUUAAGAAUAUUGGAAGAGUAGUUAGUUGCGUCGCCAACUCAUCGGAAAAUUUUGAAUUUCUGGGCAUAAAGAAAAAAAAAGAGAUCAUCAUCACCAACAACGACAACAAGGACAAAGUUAAAAGUUCCUGUUCUGUUUUCAGGAACACAAUUUGCAACGUUAAACGUUUUAUUCCGUUUUGCAAAGAACAGAGCAGAGCAACACUCGCAAUAGCGAAUUUUCCCAAAUUGUUGCUGUUCGGUGUUUCUAACCUUUUUUUUCUCUCUCCCAUAUUUUUUUCUUUUUUGGGUUUCUCUCUCAUUCUCCCUGCCUUUGAGACUCUGAGGAGGUUUGUUUUUGUUUCUCGUUCGCAACAACCUCAACCUCCUCAUUCAAACCUCGUAAUCUUCGCUUUAAGCCAUGGAAACCUUCGACGUUCCUCGAUUUGGCAAAUGCACCUCUGGAGUUCGUUUUUGAAGGUUGCGUUGAUUGCCCCAACUACCCUUUUCGUUCUUCUUCUCACCCUUUUGGACCUUAUUAUUUUGAACCACCUCCAGACAAGAAAAAUACGUUUUUAUUUUUCAUUUUCCUCGUCAAUUCUGAAAUGGGUUGGUGGAAUCAGGAGAUGGGGUCUUGGUAAUUGAAAAAUCUUGAGUUGGGUCGGGUAUGAGAGUUUCUGAAUUUGAGGGAAGCUUUGUGAAAUUUGGCUAAUUUUGUUGAUUGAGUUUUCAAGAUGAUGUUAUCAGCUACAAUGUCUGCUCUAUCGAGGAGUUCGCUGGAGGAGAUGCUUGAGUCGCUUCGCAAGAGAGACGAGGAGGAGAGGCCGAAGGAUUUACCGCCGGCAUUGCCGUCGCGGCCGCAGUCGAGGGCGCGCAUGCCUCCGGCGAGGAGGUCGUUGCCUAAUAACUUCAAGGUUGAUGGCGAUAAUGAUCAGAAGGGGCACAAAAGGAAGGGUAGUUUUGGGUCCAAGAAGGUCAAGUUGCGUGUGGAAUCCCCUUAUGCAGUCAUAUCAGAAGAGAAAGUGAAUGAACAACCAUCGUCUCCGGUUCCAACAGCGAAUGAUUCUUCUACUGAUUGUGAAGCUCCUCCUCAGUCUGAGGAGUUGGAAGAUGAUAACGUCGCUUAUUUCAUCAAAAAGAAACUUCAUGUUUGGUGUAGGCAACCAAGAGGGAAGUGGGAGCUGGGAACGAUACAGUCAACUUCUGGAGAGGAAGCAUCUGUUUCUCUCUCAAAUGGAAAUGUUUUGAAAGUAGCCAGGUCAGAUCUCCUACCAGCUAAUCCUGAUAUUUUGGAGGGUAUUGAAGAUCUUAUUCAGCUCAGUUACUUAAAUGAGCCUUCAGUUCUUCACAAUCUUCAGUAUAGAUAUGCUCAGGAUAUGAUUUAUAGUAAAGCAGGGCCAAUUUUAAUUGCAUUCAAUCCUUUCAAAAAUGUCGAAGUUUAUGGAAAUGAUUAUGUUCUAGCUUAUAGGCAGAAACUUACCGAUAGUCCUCAUGUUUAUGCUUUGACAGAUGCAGCUUAUAAUGAGAUGAUGACAGGUGAAGUAAAUCAGUCUAUUAUCAUAAGUGGUGAAAGUGGAGCUGGGAAAACAGAGACCGCCAAAAUUGCUAUGCAAUACUUAGCUGCUCUUGGUGGUGGCUGUUCAGGAAUAGAAAAUGAAAUCCUUCAGACAAAUUUUAUUCUGGAGGCUUUUGGGAAUGCAAAAACAUCUAGGAAUGAUAACUCUAGCAGAUUUGGGAAGUUGAUUGAAAUUCAUUUCAGCACAAUGGGGAAAAUUUGUGGUGCAAAAGUUCAAACUUUUCUGUUAGAAAAGUCAAGAGUUGUUCAACUUGCCUUGGGUGAGAGGUCAUAUCACAUAUUUUAUCAACUUUGUGCGGGAUCUUCUUCCAAACUAAAAGAAAGACUGAAUCUUAGGGCGGCUAGCGAAUAUAAAUAUCUUAACCAAAGUGACUGCACAACAAUUGACGGUGUUGAUGAUGCUAAAAAGUUUAAAAGGCUGAUGAAAGCAUUGGAUGUUAUUCAAAUGGGCAAAGAAGAUCAAGAGCUAGUUUUUAAGAUGCUGGCUGCGAUAUUAUGGUUGGGAAAUAUAUCAUUCCAAGAUAGUGAUAAUGAAAAUCACAUUGAGGUGGUGAAUGAUGAAGCUGUAACAAAUGCUGCUGUGCUAAUGGGGUGCAGUUCUCAGGAGCUAAUGGCAGUGUUAUCUACCCAUAAAAUCCAAGCUGGCAAGGAUACUAUUACCAAGAAAUUGACCUUGCGGCAGGCAAUUGAUGCAAGAGAUGCAAUAGCAAAAUUUAUCUAUGCAAGCUUGUUUGACUGGCUUGUAGAACAAGUUAACAAGUCACUUCAAGUAGGUAAACGGUGUACUGGGAGAUCUAUAACUAUCCUUGAUAUUUAUGGAUUUGAGUCAUUCCAGAAUAACAGCUUUGAACAAUUUUGUAUAAACUACGCCAAUGAGAGGCUUCAACAACAUUUCAAUCGCCAUCUGUUUAAACUUGAGCAGGAGGACUAUGAAUUAGAUGGUAUUGAUUGGACCAGAGUAGAGUUUGAGGACAACCAAGUGUGUUUGGAUCUCUUUGAAAAGAAGCCUCUUGGGCUAUUCUCUCUGUUAGACGAGGAAUCUAAUUUCCCCAAGGCCAGUGAUCUAACACUAGCCAACAAACUUAAGCAGCACCUGCACUCUAAUCCUUGCUUUAAAGGGGAAAGAGGCAGGGCUUUUAGUGUCUCUCAUUAUGCUGGGGAGGUUUUGUAUGAUACAAGUGGCUUCCUAGAAAAGAAUAGAGAUCCACUACCAUCUGAUUCCAUUCAACUACUGUCAUCAUGUAGCUGUGAACUGCUGCAGUUGUUCCCCGAGAUGCUUAAUCAGCCUCAGAAGCAAUCAAAUUCCUCGCAUGGAGGUGCUCUGGACUCAAAAAAGCAGAGUGUUGGCACUAAGUUCAAGGGUCAAUUGUUCAAGUUGAUGCAUCAGCUGGAGAGCACCACACCUCACUUUAUUCGCUGUAUAAAGCCAAAUACUAAGCAACUUCCUGGAAUAUAUGAACAAGAUCUUGUACUACAACAGCUCAAGUGUUGUGGAGUUUUGGAGGUUGUUAGGAUUUCGAGGGCUGGAUAUCCUACUCGAAUGACACAUCAAGAAUUUUCCAGAAGGUAUGGGUUUCUGCUUGUUGAGGCAAACACAUCUCAGGACCCAUUGAGCAUUUCGGUUGCGGUUUUGCAACAAUUUAAUAUCCCUCCCGAAAUGUACCAAGUUGGCUUCACCAAACUGUAUCUUCGAACUGGGCAGAUUGGGGCACUGGAGGACAGGAGAAAAUAUCUUUUGCAGGGACUACUUGGUAUUCAAAAAAGCUUUCGUGGUUAUCAAGCUCGCCGUCGUUACCAUGAGCUGAAGAAGGGAGUGACUACUUUACAAUCAUUUGUUCGGGGAGAAAUUGGAAGAAGGGAGUAUGGUGUUAUGGUGAAGUCUUCUAUGACUAUUUCUUCUGAAAAUGUUAAGGAAAUGCUGGCAGCCACAACACUACAAUCUGUAAUUCGUGGAUGGCUGGUUCGGAGGAAUGCCAGUGACUUCAAUAACUCAAAGAAAAGUCGUGAAAAUGCAAGAUCUAGGCGAAGGUCACGUGUGAGGAUGCCCGAAGAAAAGCAGGAUUUGCCAAGUGAUCGGCUCCCGAAUUUACCUGCAGCUUUAGCUGAACUCCAGAGGCGGGUUGUCAAGGCUGAAGCUACCAUAGAGCAAAAGGAAGGGGAAAAUGCUGAAUUGAAGGAUCAGCUAAAUCAGUUUGAGAGUAGAUGGAUUCAAUACGAGAAAAGGAUGAAAUCAAUGGAGGAUAUGUGGCAAAAACAAAUGGCAUCUUUGCAGACGAGCCUUGCUUCUGCUAGAAAGAGCCUUGCUUCUGAGAAUGCCAACAAUCAACAUGCAAGACGUGAUGUGUCAUCACCUUUACCCUAUGAUUCAGAAGAUGCUAUUUCCAUGGGAUCUCGAACACCUAGUGCAAGCACACCUUUGAAGUAUUCUGCUAGCAUUUCUGAAUCUGCACUAGGGAGAGAUGGUCAUGGUGCUUUGGCUUCAGUGGGCCACCUUGCUAGGGAAUUUGAUCACCGUAGACAGACAUUUGAUUAUGAUGCCAGAAAUUUGGUUGAGCUUAGAGCAGGUCAAUCUGCUAACACAAAUUCCGUUGAAGAACUUCGGAAACUCAAACAUAGGUUUGAGGUGUGGAAGAAAGACUACAAGGUUAGAUUAAAAGAAACAAAAGCAAGACUUCAAAAGGUAGGGAAUUCAGAAAUGGAUAAGAGGCGGAGAUGGUGGGGGAAACUGAGUUCCAGAGCACUAUAGCUAGCAUUCAACUUCCAAAUAUUCUCUUUACCAAAGGUGAAUAACAAGUGAAAGAUUAAGCAAAAUGGUAAAAUCAUUGAUGUCAUAAACUCUUAUUUUAGAAGUUGCUUCAUCUUUAGAUCUUAAGGGAAUAUUUGAUCAAUGUUACUGUACUUAAUUGGUGAAGAGAAAAAUAUGUAUAUCUACCAAUUUUGUUACAUGGAGAAGUUGUGUAUAGUUGUAGACUUUAGGUUGCAUAGUUGUAUUAGUAGUGUAGCUUGCUGAUGUAUAUGUUUCGUCGUGUAAUGUAAAACUUAGUCUCUAGGAUAUAAAUAGUAAGUAUUGAUGACAUCUUGAAUAUCACUCACUAUACAGCAGGGGGAAAAGGAGAUUCAUCUUGCAAUGGCUAUUUGGUAGCUUUUUUGGGGUGGUCAAGUUUUUUUAGCUGUUUUGGUGUGUGUAAUAUUGCAGUUCUUUUGGUCAUGUUAAAUCAGAAGCUUAAAUCGACAGAUUUGCACAUGGUUUGAUCAAGAUUCCUAGUCUCUUAUUUUUCUUUUUCAAGUCAAUUAAUGGAACAUCUGUUUUGUUUA